UGGGGGCCAGCGGGGCGGGGGCGGGCGCGCGUCGGGCGCCAGGCCCGGGGCUGUGGGCACGGUGCCCAGCCCCCGGCGCACGCCGAGCCGCCGCCGCUGCAGUCGGCAUCCAUCAGCGGCGGGGGUGUCGCGGAACAGGCAGCUCCGCAGAGCCCGCCGCGGCCGUGCCGCCCCGCCCCGCCCCGCGGCCUGCCGCCCGAGCCGCCGAGGGGCCGCCCCUCGCCCAGGCUGCCCAAGAUGGGGACCCUCGGGCCCAGGCGUGCUGGUCACCAUGACAACAGAGACAGGCCCCGAUUCUGAGGUGAAGAAGGCUCAAGAGGAGGCCCCGCAGCAGCCCGAGGCCGCCGCUGCGACCACCCCCGUGCCCCCCGCCGGCCACGGCCACCCAGAGGCCAACUCCAAUGAGAAGCCUGCGCCCCAGCAGGACGCUCGGCCUGCAGAACAGAGCCUAGACAUGGAGGAGAAGGACUACAGUGAGGCCGAUGGCCUGUCAGAGAGGACCACGCCCAGCAAGGCCCAGAAGUCACCCCAGAAGAUUGCCAAGAAGUACAAGAGUGCCAUCUGCCGGGUCACUCUGCUCGAUGCCUCCGAGUAUGAGUGCGAGGUGGAGAAACAUGGCCGGGGCCAGGUGCUGUUUGACCUGGUCUGUGAGCACCUCAACCUGCUGGAGAAGGACUACUUCGGCCUGACCUUCUGUGACGCCGACAGCCAGAAGAACUGGCUGGACCCCUCCAAGGAGAUCAAGAAGCAGAUCCGGAGCAGCCCCUGGAAUUUCGCCUUCACAGUCAAGUUCUAUCCCCCUGACCCUGCGCAGCUGACAGAAGACAUCACGAGGUACUACCUGUGCCUGCAGCUGCGGGCAGACAUCAUCACAGGCCGGCUGCCCUGCUCCUUCGUCACACACGCCCUGCUGGGCUCCUACGCCGUGCAGGCUGAGCUGGGAGACUAUGACGCCGAGGAGCACGUGGGUAACUAUGUCAGCGAGCUCCGCUUCGCCCCGAACCAGACCCGGGAGCUGGAGGAGAGGAUCAUGGAGCUGCACAAGACGUACAGGGGCAUGACCCCGGGAGAGGCGGAAAUUCACUUCCUAGAGAACGCGAAGAAGCUUUCCAUGUACGGCGUAGAUCUGCACCACGCCAAGGACUCCGAAGGCAUCGACAUCAUGCUGGGGGUCUGUGCUAACGGCCUUCUCAUCUACCGGGACCGGCUGAGAAUCAACCGCUUUGCCUGGCCCAAGAUCCUCAAGAUCUCGUACAAGAGGAGUAACUUCUACAUCAAGAUCCGGCCGGGGGAGUAUGAGCAGUUUGAGAGCACAAUUGGCUUUAAGCUGCCAAACCACCGGUCGGCCAAGAGACUGUGGAAGGUCUGCAUCGAGCAUCACACGUUCUUCCGGCUGGUGUCCCCGGAGCCCCCGCCCAAGGGCUUCCUGGUGAUGGGCUCCAAGUUCCGGUAUAGCGGGAGGACCCAGGCCCAGACCCGCCAGGCCAGUGCCCUCAUCGACCGGCCCGCACCCUUCUUCGAGCGUUCUUCCAGCAAACGGUACACCAUGUCCCGCAGCCUUGACGGAGUCUUCCGGCCAUGUCUGCCCACUUUAGCAGAGUUCUCACGCCCAGCCUCGGUCAGCGAGAACCACGACACAGGCCCUGACGGGACUAAGCGUGAGGAGGACGGCGAGUCUGCAGGGCGGCGGUCCGAGGCCGAGGAAGGGGAGGUCAGGACCCCCACCAAGAUCAAGGAGCUGAAGCCGGAGCAGGAAACCACGCCGAGACACAAGCAGGAGUUCCUGGACAAGCCGGAGGACGUGUUGCUGAAGCACCAGGCCAGCAUCAAUGAGCUCAAGAGGACCCUGAAGGAGCCCAACAGCAAACUGAUCCACCGGGACCGGGACUGGGAGCGGGAGCGCAGGCUGCCCUCCUCGCCUGCCUCCCCCUCCCCCAAGGGCACCCCUGAGAAAGCCGGUGAGGCCCAGAGGACCCAGGACACCCCUCAGCAGGACUUGGGACCCGAGCCUGGAGCGGCCGCGGGCUGGGAAGUGUUCACUCAGAAAAGCCUCGCAGCGUCUCCUGAGGGCUCAGAGCAUUGGGUAUUUAUAGAAAGACAGUGCACUCGGCCGGAAGAGCUCGGCCUCCUCCGAGCGGCCACCACGCAGCAGGAGGACAGCGAGGUGGGCCUCGCCGACGUUCUUGCUGAUGGCAGACUCUCCAAGGUGGACGUUCUGGUGGACAAGUUCAAAGUGGAAGUGGCCACAGAAGAAAUGGUGGCAAGCCAAAGAGCGAACACCCAGCGACAAGGAAGGAUGGUUGCAAGUCCUGAAGACUUCGAGUCCAUGUGGGAGGAAGGUCGCUGGGUCAGCGAGAGCCCAGCGUGCACUGCCCCGGCCGCAGGCUGCACAUUGGCAGCCCAGCUUCUCGAGGGCUGCGAGCUCAGGGCGGGCGCCCGGGAGGCAGCCGUCAGGAGCCGCUUUGUCUCUGGGGGCCGGCCGCGUGGGGGCCUGGAGGAGCUGCAGAGCUGCGGGAGGCACCGUGCCUCGGGGAGCAGCCCGGCAGAAGUGGACGCCCCCUCUCCAGCCUCCGACAAGGGAGGCCUCCAGUCGUUUCUCUUAGAACCGGCGCACUUGGAAGCCAGGGCCGACUUGAGCGAUGAAACCGACACCUCCUUGGCAGAGAGGAGCUUCUAUUUAAACUACGGAGAGAGAGACUUGGAAGAGCAAGGCCUCCCUCCAGCCCUGGAGGAGAGAGAAGAGCCCCCGGAUGCCCCUCCUGCAGCUGAGGCCGGGCGGGAGCUGUCCGAGGGACCCCUGGCCCCGGGGGCCUCUGCUGCAGCUUCGGGUGGGAGUGAGGAUGAAGCCCACACAGCUUCCUCGGAGGAGGGGGUGGCACCCCCCGAGGGCCUGAAGGAGCCUUCUGCAGGGCGGAUGUUUGCUGAGGACCAGGGAGAAGCGAGGCAAGGCACAGAGAGAGAGUUUACCCACCUGGCAGCCGGUGUGGCCGAGGAGGGGGAGCCCCCCGGGAGUGGAGGUUUGAUGGGAGGGCCUGAGGAAAGCCCCCCGGCAGGAUGGAGGAACCGCUCCCCGCAGAGAGGAGGGGCUGGGCACCCAGACGCCCCGGCCCGCGUCCCGCAGUGGGCCGCCCCUCCUGAGGUCAGGAAGCUGGCCAGGCUGGACACAGGCGACCUACAGCUGCAAGAGAGGCGAGUGACGCAGAGCCGGCCCGGGGAGCCUGAGGCUUCCGCACCUCCUCGCAGAGAGGCCACCACCCCACCGCCAGCCUCCCCCAGGAGCUCCGAGGUUCUGGCAGCGCCGCAGGGAGCUCCUCCAAGCCCCGCCGCUCCCGGGUCCGGAGGGUCUGCAGCACUCAGGGCUCAGGCUCCAGCGUGGCUCACGAAUGCCCCGGAGCCCACAGGCCUCGCUGGGUCAGCUGUGCCACCUGUCCCCAGCAGAAAGCCCCGAGUUGUCCCCGAAGAAGCAGAGGCAGCCAUACCCCCGGGGCUGCAAAGGCAAGUGACCUCUUUCCAGGCUGGGGGCCAAGAGAGCUCCCUGGAAGACAUCAGCAAGACCUCAGUGGCCACCAAAAUUCGGAUAUUUGAGACCCACGGAGCUGAGCCUCGCCCGGCGCGUCAGCUUGAAGCCAGGGCCCUUCCCGGUGACCUGUCUCCAGAGGCGCCCGCAGGACAGGUGGAGCAACAGCGGAGCAAGCUCUUAGACCUGGGUCUCAUCCAACUCCAGCCCCCGGGGGACUUCGCCAGCCCCAGAGCUGUGCCUUGUUCCGCCCCGCCUCUGAGCACCAGGCACGCGGGAAGUGGCACUUCUGCCAGCUCCCCCCAGGAAGCGCGCACGGAGCUCAGGCUCGUGUCCCCCGAUUCAGGCUGUGGAGCUGCGCUGGAGGAAGCUCCCGGGAACAAGCCCAGAGAUGCGGCCAGGGGAGAGAAGCGCCUCACCCGCCUGGCAGCCAAGGCCCCUGGCAAGGGGGCGCGCCUGGGACUCGCCAGCCCCCCGGGCCCCCAGAGAGCAGGGCUGAGGGAGGGCUCGGAGGAGAAAGUCAAACCGCCACGUCCUCGGGCCCCCGAGAGUGACACGGGCGAUGAGGACCAGGACCAGGAGAGGGACGCGGUGUUUCUGAAGGACAACCACCUGGCCAUUGAACGCAAGUGCUCCAGCAUCACGGUCAGCUCCACGUCCAGCCUGGAGGCCGAGGUGGACUUCACGGUGAUCGGCGACUACCAUAGCAGCGCCUUCGAGGACUUCUCCCGCAGCCUGCCGGAGCUCGACCGAGACAAGAGCGACUCAGACACCGAGGGGCUGGUGUUCUCCCGGGACCUCAAGGGGGCCCCCAGCCAGGACGAGGAGUCUGGGGGCGCCGAGGACAGCCCUGAUCGAGGGGCCUGCUCCACCCCGGAAAUGCCCCAGUUUGAGCCCGUGAAGGCAGAGACCAUGACCGUGAGCAGCCUGGCCAUCAGGAAGAAGAUCGAGCCGGAGGCCAUGCUGCAGAGCCGAGUCUCCGCUGCAGACCACACCCAGGUUGAUGGGAGUGCCCUGGCGGGGAAGGAGUUCAUGGUCACCGCCCCCUCCAUCACCACAGAGACCAUAUCAACCACCAUGGAGAACAGUCUCAAGUCCGGGAAGGGGGCAGCUGCCAUGAUCCCAGGCCCACAGACGGUGGCCACGGAAAUCCGUUCUCUUUCUCCGAUCAUCGGGAAAGAUGUCCUCACCAGCACCUACGGCGCCACCGCGGAAACCCUCUCAACCUCCACCACCACCCAUGUUACCAAAACUGUGAAAGGGGGGUUUUCUGAGACGAGGAUCGAGAAGCGAAUCAUCAUUACCGGGGACGAAGACGUGGAUCAAGACCAGGCCUUGGCGUUGGCCAUCAAGGAGGCCAAGCUGCAGCAUCCUGACAUGCUGGUGACCAAAGCUGUCGUGUACAGAGAAACAGACCCGUCCCCGGAGGAGAGGGACAAGAAGCCGCAGGAAUCCUGACCUCCGUGAGGAGACGCCGCAUUUCUGGUCCAAGCCAAACCAGAGAACCAUUAAGAAGGGGCCUUCAUUCUGGAUUCUCCAAUGCGACACCCACGUCCCAGCUGCGCGUACUGUCACUGAUGAGAGACUGGGAAGGAAAAAGCAUAUAUAUAGAGAUAUAUAGAGAUAUAGAUAUAUAUACAGGAAACACCGCGUCCGCGUGCUGCUGCUGGCGCUGCCACCGCCGUCGCCGGCCGCCACAGCCAACAUCUGAACACCUACAUUUCCUUUGCAGACGCAUUGAAGAAUUGGCGGGAAUUUUUUUUUCCAGGAAAAACAAAACAAAACAUCACGACAGACCACCGUAUCUCGUACCCAACCCCCAGCCCACCCCGCCCUCCCCGCUGAGUGACAAAAGCAAGCCGGACCACGGUGAUUGUAGAAGCACCCCACACCUGCCCUGGUGCUGCGCGCCCCAGCGGGAGUGGGGGACAAGAUCGCAGCGUCCGGCGGGCGCCCACGCACAUGCAAAGGAGAACACUCGUGCAGCAAGGCACGCAGUCAGGCGUUGUCCCAGAGAGGAAGGAAAGCCCCCCCCUCAGGAAGGAGGCGGGCAGGAGCACUGGGGUGUUAUUUUCUGGGUGUGGGCCCUGGGCCACAGAACCCACCUUCCUCUCUUCCACACCCCUUUCCCCUCUUGUCAUCUUCUGUCUCGGCUCCCCCCCCACCCCCAUCGCACCCCUCUCCCCACCCCACCUGCCCCACUGGGUCCUGGUCCUGCCGAGGACCACAGAUGACCACAAAUGACUCUCACUUGGAAGAGAAAAAGGAGAGCGAGUGGGAGCAGGCGCACGAGGCCGUGGGGGCAGGGGACGCGGACACUGUCCACCGUCCCCGGUGAGGGUGCUGGGCCCAGCAGAGAUGGGUGUGCUUUCACGAUAUGUAGAUUACAUAUAACAGGAGGCGACUAGUAACAUAAACAGUACUGGUGAGUAUGACGCUGACAUUUUAAAGUUACCAUUACCUAACUGUGAUUGAUGUAGCCAAGGUUCCUAGAUCUCGCCGGCCGGCCCCCCGCCCCGGGCGUAGUGGGCUGCCCCGACCAGACCGGCAUAGUGAUCCUGUGUGUGGUGUUUGUAACUGGUUGAUUGGUGGGGAGGGUGGGCACUCCAGACGGAGAGGUGAGGGCUUGGCAAGAAGGAAGUCCCGGAGAUGUAGUCCCGAACAUGCAGGCCGACACGCCUUCUCCCCCCGCGGUAGCCGCCAGGACCUGGCCUGUGCUCAGCCGUUGGGUCCUGCCGCUGGGGUCCCCACGGCAGACGUCCCCUGGCUCGGUCCUCCUACCUCCCUAGAGGGCUUGCCUUGCUCUUCAGUCCUCUCUCUCUCUCUCUCUCUCUCUCUCUCUCUCUCUGUUUUUGUUUGCCACAUGUCUUGGGCUCCCCUGACCACGCUGUGAUGACUAACUCUGUAUCCUAAGGGAGACAGAGCCCUUGGCCUUGGUAGAAGAUGCUGGCUUUCACCAGGCCGUUGUCUUCUCUCCCCCUCGGCUCGGGGGUCUGGGUUGAAGCAGCCUUGCUAAAGAGGCCGAGGCACCUCCCCUGCCCCAGAGCAAGGAAGGUGAAAGGGAAAGGCCCGCAGCUGGGUACCUCCCACUUGGUGUGAGACCUUGGCUUUGGGGACCUCCCAGUCAGGUCGAGCUCUGAGCCCUGCCCUGAGACCACUGGGGCCCUUGGGGAGAGUCACUUCCCUGAGCUCCGCCCUGCCCCUUCUGGGGACACCUUACUUUCUCAGUCACCGCUGCUAAGGGUCGGAUGCAGUCGCUCAGCCGGUGUCUGCAGAGAGCCCCGUGGGCCAGCCCUGUUCUUGACCGAAGGAGAAAGUGUGAAGAGAGGGGAGGGGCACAGGAAGCCACCGGAGCCACACCUCCGUCCCCAGUCCUGGCUGGCCCACCUAAAAGCACCUCCCACUUUCUGAUCUACCGGUCAGUGUCCGGGAUGCCCCCAGAGGGCCCAGGCCACAGAAACCCUCUUGGCUUGCCCAUCACUUGCCCAGCACAGACCUCGGUCGGGCGAGAAACUAGAAGAGCAUUUGAUCUCUGCAUGCAAAUGGGGCUCUCAAGACAGCAGAGAGCCGUGGGCCGCUCCAAGCCCCGCUGGGCGCAGAGCCCACUUCCUGUGCACCAGGCUCUAGUCACAAACCUGGUGCAGAAGCCACAGAACCUCCUGCCUGCCCUUCUCAGCGCGAGAGGCCCGCUCUUUCUGGGCCACUCAGAAUUUGCCUCGGGUACCCACUUCUGCAAGAACCGGAUGUCCUGAGCACACAGGGCACCACUCAGAGGGCAGGUCCUUGUUCUGGCCUUUGCACCUGCCCCCAGCCCCUGGGGGUGGGGCUUAGGGCAUAGCUUGUGGGCCGCCAGGGUCUGGGGAGGUAUGCAGCCCACAGACGCAUGCGCUGACCUUCCUCCCACAGUGAGGCUGGAGGCAGGCAGCGCCUCCGGGGAGGAGGAGACCUGCAAAGCUGGAAUCUGGGCCACUGGCUCCUCUCCAUAGAGAAUACAGAUGUUCGUCUCGUCUGUCUUCAACCUACUUUUCCUUUUCACUUUUUCACAUUUCUCAGUCUCUCUGUGCCGCCUCUCUGCCCAGAGGCCAUGUGGCACAGUGGAAAAAGUCCCCGAGCACCACCGGGAGCUCUGGGUGAGCGCCUUGGUUCAGCCCCUGGCUCGCCUCGUGAUAUGGGCUCGCCCCCGCCUCCCUUUCUGCCUCAGUUUCCCCACCUGCAGGAUGAGCAAAGCAAGCCAGGUUUCCUCCAGGGUCUUUUUCCACUCUGCCGCCUUAGAGAUCUUCGUCUCCUCUUACUUUGCUUUCUCCGGAUCGUCUCCAUCUGAGGGUACAGCGCGUGCCAAGGUCGGUUUGUUUUUGAGUCCUGCAAGCACAUUCCAAGACUGGCCUGAAACUGCAUGAGCAACAUCACUCUUAAGUCAUUUUUUUUUUCCCAGAAGCACCUUACCAGCCAACUGCGAUGCUGUCCUGUUCCUUUCUACUCACGCCCCUCUCUCCCCUCUCGUCCCACGCUCCCCACCUCAGUGCCCCGUGCUGUAUGCGUGUGCUCUCUGUUCUUGUAUACUCAAUAAAAGUGAAAUAAAUGUGUUUGAUGCUGAACUGAA